UCCCCAACACAGCACGAAAAUGGCAGAAAGAGGGUACAGUUUCUCUCUUACCACUUUCAGCCCUUCUGGGAAACUGGUUCAGAUUGAGUAUGCAUUAGCAGCUGUAGCUGCUGGUGCUCCUUCAGUUGGAAUAAAAGCUGCAAAUGGUGUUGUUCUGGCAACAGAAAAGAAACAGAAAUCUAUUCUGUAUGACGAGCAAAGUGUUCACAAAGUGGAGCCCAUAACCAAACACAUUGGUAUAGUGUACAGCGGCAUGGGUCCAGACUACAGGGUUCUGGUGAGAAGAGCAAGAAAGCUGGCACAGCAGUAUUACCUCGUCUAUCAAGAACCGAUACCUACAGGCCAGCUUGUUCAGAGAGUUGCUUCUGUUAUGCAGGAGUAUACACAAUCAGGAGGUGUCCGGCCAUUUGGGGUGUCCCUCCUGAUUGCAGGCUGGGAUGAAGACCGCCCAUACCUUUUCCAGUCUGACCCAUCAGGAGCAUACUUUGCAUGGAAAGCCACAGCAAUGGGUAAAAACCAUGUGAAUGGAAAAACAUUCCUUGAAAAAAGAUACAACGAGGAUCUUGAGCUGGAAGAUGCAAUUCAUACUGCUAUUCUGACUUUGAAGGAAAGCUUUGAAGGUCAGAUGACUGAAGACAACAUUGAAGUGGGAAUCUGCAAUGAAGCCGGAUUUAGACGACUGACCCCAGCGGAGGUGAAGGACUAUCUGGCGGCUAUUGCUUAAAAUCGUUUGUAAAAUCGUCUUUAUAAAAUGCAGAUUCAUCACUGGUUACCUUGACAUCUUCAUUUUUACAACUUAGAUGAGUACUUAGUCGUGAAUUUGAACAAUUCAAAGUAGAAUUCAGCGAACAUUGUAUUGUUUAUAUUUUGUUUUUCUUUCACACUGAAGGAAUAAAAUCUUAUGAAAUCUU